ACUAUUAGAUUAGUCAUAAGUCAUUUAAUCUUUCUUCAUUUACACAAUUCUAAACCAAUUAUGUUAUUGGUUUUUGCAAUUUACUAUGAAAUGGGUCCACAACAGACCAAUGACCCCAACUUUUCCAAAUUCGGCCACCACCUUCUUUUUAAAGAAAAGUAGAUGCUUUCCGUAUUUGGAUAUGAAAGGACCACUUCACAAUAUGACUUCAAAUAAGAUGGAAAUAGUGCAAGAAUUUAGAACCUGUACAUGUGCAAUGUACCUUAAAAAAAAGUGUACAAUUUCGUCAAAAAUUGAAUAGCAGGAAGCAGCUUGGAAACAUCGCGGAAAUGACGUAGUGCUAAUUGACCUCACGCAUAUUAUUCUUAUUUAUCUGUGUGUGUGUGUUCUCUUCAGAGUAUACUUUCUAUUGAGAAACUCAGUUUUAUUUUGUUGGUCAAAUUAUGAUGAGAAACUAUAUGAUUCUUAUGUUCCAUGCAUUGUUUGUGUUAUUCUUCAUUGUUGGGUUCAACUCUGCAAUGGAGAAUGAUGAAAUGAAGUGUGAAGAGAAGGAGAGAAAUGCACUCCUCAAAUUCAAAGAAGGCCUUCAAGAUGAGUAUGGCAUGUUGUCCACAUGGAAGGACGACCCAAAUGAAGAUUGCUGCAAAUGGAAGGGAGUUCGAUGCAACAAUCAAACAGGUUAUGUUCAAAGACUUGAUCUGCAUGGUUCGUUUACAUGCAAUUUGAGUGGUGAAAUUAGUCCUUCAAUAAUUCAGCUUGGAAAUCUCUCACAAUUGCAACACCUUGAUCUCAGAGGUAAUGAACUCAUUGGAGCAAUUCCCUUCCAACUUGGAAAUCUCUCACAAUUGCAACACCUUGAUCUCGGCGAAAAUGAACUCAUUGGAGCAAUUCCCUUCCAACUUGGAAAUCUCUCACAAUUGCAACAUCUUGAUCUCAGCUACAAUGAACUCAUUGGAGGAAUUCCCUUCCAACUUGGAAAUCUCUCACAAUUGCAACACCUUGAUCUCGGCGGAAAUGAACUCAUUGGAGCAAUUCCCUUCCAACUUGGAAAUCUCUCACAAUUGCAACACCUUGAUCUCGGCGAAAAUGAACUCAUUGGAGCAAUUCCCUUCCAACUUGGAAAUCUCUCACAAUUGCAACAUCUUGAUCUCAGCUACAAUGAACUCAUUGGAGGAAUUCCCUUCCAACUUGGAAAUCUCUCACAAUUGCAACACCUUGAUCUCAGCAGAAAUGAACUCAUUGGAGCAAUUCCCUUCCAACUUGGAAAUCUCUCACAAUUGCAACACCUUGAUCUCAGCGAAAAUGAACUCAUUGGAGCAAUUCCCUUCCAACUUGGAAAUCUCUCACAAUUACAACACCUUGAUCUCAGCUACAAUGAACUAAUUGGAGCAAUCCCUUUACAACUCCAAAAUCUUUCAUUGUUACAAGAGUUAAGGUUAUCGCAUAAUGAGAUUUCAGGCUUGUUACCUGACCUUUCAGCCCUUUCAUCUUUGAGAGAGUUGCGUCUAUAUAACAAUAAACUAACUGGAGAAAUACCCACGGGCAUCACAUUGCUUACGAAGUUAGAGUAUUUGUACCUAGGCAGCAACUCUUUCAAAGGUGUCCUCUCUGAAUCUCAUUUCACUAACUUCUCCAAAUUACUAGGCCUACAGUUGUCUUCUAACCUGUUGACUGUGAAGGUUAGUACUGAUUGGGUUCCGCCUUUUCAAUUAAAAUAUUUGUUACUAGCAUCUUGUAAUCUCAACUCUACCUUUCCUAAUUGGCUUCUUAAUCAAAAUCACUUAUUGAAUCUUGAUAUUUCAAACAACAAUAUCAUCGGCAAGGUUCCCAAUUUGGAACUUGAGUUUACCAAAAGUCCUAAAAUAAAUUUGAGUUCAAAUCAACUUGAAGGUUCCAUUCCUUCCUUUUUAUUUCAAGCAGUUGCACUGCAUCUUUCCAAUAAUAAAUUUUCAGAUUUAGCUUCCUUUGUAUGCAACAAUAGUAAGCCUAACAAUCUGGCAAUGUUGGAUUUGUCAAACAAUCAAUUAAAGGGUGAGUUGCCUGAUUGUUGGAAUAAUCUAACCUCAUUACAGUUUGUUGAACUGAGCAAUAACAACUUGUCGGGUAAGAUUCCAUUCUCAAUGGGUGCUCUUGUUAAUAUGGAGGCUUUGAUUUUAAGAAAUAACAGUUUGAGUGGACAAUUUCCUUCCUCCUUGAAGAAUUGUUCAAACAAAUUGGCUUUGUUGGACCUUGGAGAAAAUAUGUUUCAUGGUCCAAUACCUUCAUGGAUUGGAGACAGUUUACACCAGUUAAUAAUCUUAAGCCUUCGACUCAAUGAUUUCAACGAAAGCCUGCCUUCAAACCUAUGUUAUUUGAGAGAACUUCAAGUCUUGGAUUUGUCACUAAAUAGCUUAUCAGGAGGAAUCCCAACAUGUGUAAAGAAUUUUACUUCAAUGGCUCAGGGCACCAUGAACUCAACUUCAUUGACGUAUCAUUCGUAUGCAAUCAAUAUUACUGAUAAUAUGGGAAUGAAUUUUAUAUAUGAAUUUGAUCUAUUCUUGAUGUGGAAAGGUGUGGACCGACUCUUUAAAAAUGCAGAUAAGUUUUUAAACAGCAUUGAUCUCUCAAGCAACCACCUUAUAGGAGAAAUACCAACAGAAAUUGAGUACUUACUUGGAUUGACAUCCUUAAAUUUGUCAAGGAACAAUCUUAGUGGGGAAAUAAUUUCAGACAUAGGAAAAUUCAAGUCACUUGAAUUUCUUGAUCUAUCAAGAAAUCAUCUAUCAGGCACAAUUCCUUCCAGUCUAGCUCAUAUUGAUCGCCUCACUACGUUGGAUUUGUCAAACAAUCAGCUUUAUGGAAAAAUUCCAAUUGGAACGCAGCUGCAGACUUUUAGCGCUUCAAGUUUUGAAGGAAAUCCUAAUCUCUGUGGAGAGCCACUUGAUAUAAAAUGUCCAGGAGAAGAAGAGCCGCCAAAACAUCAAGUGCCAAUAACUGAUGCAGGAGAUUACAGUUCAAUAUUUUUGGAAGCAUUAUACAUGAGCAUGGGGCUAGGAUUCUUCACUACUUUUGUUGGCUUUAUAGGGUCAAUAUUGUUCCUACCAUCUUGGAGAGAAACCUAUUCCAAAUUCUUGAAUGCUUUGAUAUUGAAAGUGUUCAUGUGGUGGAAGCAGUGAAUACAUGUCUAGUUGUUCUAAACUGGAUGAAUGCUAAGCAGGAUCUCGUAUUCCUAAAGCAUGGGAUGAUUACAUCGUUUUCUAUUAUAGAAUAAUUUAGAUUGGUUAGCAGUGUGGAGUUCACACUCUUGACUGUUUGGUUAAGAGUAGGAAUAGGAAAGGAUGAAUAAAUGACAUUUUGUUAAGACUUUAGUGUUUUAUUGUGUUUGUUAGGCUUUCAAUUUCAAGUUUGACAGUUUUUGUAUGGAAAUCUUCUGUUGUCAACUUAAUAAAAGAAGGUUUUCAAAUUAGCUUUUCAAUACCUUGCACCUUCCAUACAUUCAAGGCCACCUAUGAAGAAUUGUGCAGAAGUUAUGUGGAGAAUACGAAAAGAUUUUAAAGA